AUGAUCGCCAACAGCGCCAUUCAAGAGGAGGACGAUGAUUUCGAGCCAAACAUGGACGUGGAUCCAGACAAGCUGGAGGAGGUGGAAACUGCAAGGGUGCAAAUUCGCCAGCUAAUGCAUGAACAGCAGCGAGCAGCUGACUAUGAGAAGCGGCUUAUGCGGAAGCUCCAAAUGCUGGACGCCGAUCUUGCCUCCAAGAGGGAAGAAGUUGAAGGCCUGCAAAGGAGCUUGAACCUUGAACGCAACAAGUUUGCGGAGGAAUACAAAAGCGAAAAGAGGGAGCGCGAGACAAAAGCGAAGACGCAGGAAGAGCGUAUCCGUGAAUACUUGACCGAGGUGCUGUAUACAAAGCCGAAGCACAAGGGCAAGGUGGGAGAGUUCAAUCUGGAUACGGUAUUAGUGUCUUUCGUCAAGCCCAACGAGAGCUUUCGGUACAACCUUGCAUUUCGAGUGGAUGCAGGAACGAGCAUUGCGCAGUUGCGAAAUAGCACCUGCAAGUACUGGGGCGUAAGCUCCGACAACUUCAUUCUGCGGACCAUGGCCAACAACAAGUGCCAGGACGACAACAAAGUGAAGGAUUGUUUCAAACAGGGCGAGAUUGCACAGCUUCGCCUGGAAAUGAGACGAGAAAGUGCUGAACCACCCACUGAAGAGGAGCUGAAGGCCAUUCAGCCGAAGAAACGGGCUGGCCGCAAGCAGGGGCAGCCCAGAUACAACGCCAAGGGGGUUGAGCAAAUUCAGAAGUUCGGAGAAAAUUACGCUUCCCAGCUGAGAAGGAUGGGAGGCGUGUACUUCCUCCUGAAGUUGCGGGAUACCAAGCCGUCAGAGCAUGCCGCGAAAAUCAACCUUCGCAAUUUGUUGAUCUACGCAGCGUUGGUGGUUUUGUCCGCCACCGUGUACAUGAUGCGGCGCCCUGCUGGCGACGCAUAUUGGUGUGCCAAAGGCAUAGAAGAUAUGGUCACAAUUUCUACACCUCGGCCUGGCGUCAACUCUUGCAACGAUCCCGCACUUUGUGUACCCCGCUUUCAGGAGAUCAGGACACACACAGAGAUGUGGGACUGGAUGAACUACACCCUUCCUGAGCUAUUUUGGAAAGAGGGAGCUUCUAGCCCAACAUUGGAAACGUAUAAUGUGUUGCUGGGCUAUUUCUCCAUUCGGAUUCAGAACGUCAAGACGCCCACAUCCACAACUGAAUACUGCGUGAACAAUGCACGUCUAGUGACUGACAUUGGCUUGGCCAAUCCUGAAGCCAACAUAUCGUGCUACCCGCGCACUGUGACAUCCUCAACGCAAAGAACCUCUGUGUAUCCUGAGCUCAGCUUGUAUUGGAAGAAUCAGACCUCAGCAAUUCAAGCAGAUGCGCAAGCCACAGUUCGCGGAUUGUCCAACCCGGGAGUGUUCAGGACGGUUGAGGAGAACCAGGCGAAGGGUAUUGGCUGGAUCAAUGGGUGGGUGGCAUCGUAUGAUCCCAGCGGUUACAGCGUUGACUACAGAAUGUCGGUCAGCGACGCUGAUGAUGCAAAGGAAAUAUUUCGACAGGACUUGGCCUUCUUCCGAUCUGCUGGUUGGAUUGACACUUCGACCCGGGUCAUGAUGCUGUCGUUUACUACCUACAACUUCGACUACGAUCAAUGGACUGCCAGUGACUUCAUUCUAGAGAUGCCUGCGGAUGCGGAGCUUUUCCCAUCCUUCUCAGUGAAGCCGUUCAGGCCGCGCAUUUACGAGACGAGAGCAGAGCUUACGUUUACGUACAUCGACUACGUCCGGGUGGCCAUCGGAAUCUACAUUCUGAUUUUCAUAGGAUGGUCCGAGCGGCAGCACAAGGUCAGGAACCACAAGGCAGGCUUCAACUACCACACCUCCUUGGCCGGCAUCAUGGACCUUGGUCUCGUGGUAUUCAUGUUUGUCACGUUGAUAUGGCGCAGUGCCACCUUCCACAGCCAGCCCACCAGCGAGUUCCUGGCCAAAGUGAACGACGCUGGCAGGACUCUGGGGUUCACCUCCAUGCGUCAGCUGGCAUGGGAGUACAACACGGUGUUCGUCUUGGAUGGCAUCGCCAUGAUCUUCCUCAUGUAUCGAAUGAUCACAUUUUUUAGACUCAGCCACAGCGUGUAUCUCCUUUGGCGCGCUGUUGGUCAGGCCUUGAAGAUGUUUGUGUUCACCACCCUCAUUUUCGUUCCAUCUCUUGCAGGCUUCAUUGUGGUCUCCACUGCUUUGUUUGGCCGCUACCUCUUUGGCUUCUCGAGUCUUGGGCAGACUUCCAUGUCCACCAUGAAGCUGUUAGCGGGCAAUCUGGACCCGCAAGUGCUCGAGAGAGAUGUUGUUGUCGGAGUAAUCUCCACCGUGGCGCUCUAUCUUCUUCUCACCUUCUUCCUGCUCAAUGUUUUUGUCACGAUAUUUGUGGAUGCAUACUACGUCAUUCGACUCACCUCCACACAGCCAGCCGACAAGUGGGACGGUCAGCGGAUCCGGGACUGGGUGUUGCCUGGAGUUUGCGUCAGCAUCUUCCAGGCGGUCUGGCCAUCGCGCAAGUCGGAGGGGGACUGA